CCAAAACUGAGGAGACAGUCACUGAGGAGACGGGGCAGGCAAACUUGUUUAUAAAGCCCAGCACUUCUCCAAGUUUCUCUUCACUGAGAUCUAUUGUAAUUGCUAAUCCUGUGUGCUUAGGGAAUAUAUUCAAGAGGUUUUAUAAUGCAGCUUAACACGACAACGAUAAAAACCUCGUCGGACGGUGCUUGGCAAGGUGAUAAUCCAUUGAACUAUGCCUUCCCUUUGCUCAUCGUCCAAUCCACGUUAGUCCUCUUCACUAGCCGCUUCCUCGCCUUCCUCCUCAAGCCGCUUCGACAACCCAAAGUCAUUGCUGAGAUAGCAGGAGGGAUUUUGCUUGGGCCCUCUGUCCUCGGUCGGAACAAGAGCUUCUUGCACCUGGUCUUCCCUUCAUGGAGUGUCCCGAUACUCGAGUCGGUGGCGAGCAUUGGCCUUCUAUUCUUCCUUUUCUUAGUUGGUCUCGAGCUAGACCUAAGCUCCAUUCGCAGGAGCGGGAGGAAGGCUUUCGGCAUAGCCCUUGCGGGGAUAUCUCUUCCAUUCCUCUUUGCCUUUGGAGUCACCUUCCUCCUUAGGAAGGUCGUCCAUGGGGAGGAACGGGUCGGCUAUAGCCAGUUCCUUGUGUUCAUGGGCGUGGCACUCUCUAUCACCGCAUUCCCUGUCCUGGCUCGUAUCCUGGCCGAGCUCAAACUGCUCACGACCCAUGUCGGGGAAACUGCCAUGGCUGCAGCGGCCUUUAAUGACGUAGCUGCCUGGAUCUUGCUUGCCCUAGCAGUGGCCGUGGCUGGAAACGGGGCUGGUGGGGGCCACAAGAGCCCAUUGAUAUCCAUUUGGGUUCUGGCCUCCGGUGUCGUGUUUGUUGCUUUCAUGUUGCUCGUCGUGAGGCCAAUGAUGAGCUGGGUCGCACGGCAGUGCUCUCCGGAGCAUGACUUCGUCGAUGAGGCAUACAUCUGCCUGACACUGGCGGGUGUCAUGAUAUCCGGGUUCAUGACGGAUCUCAUAGGGAUACAUUCGAUCUUCGGAGCUUUUGUUUUCGGGUUGACAAUUCCUAAGGGCAGCGAAUUCGCGACGAGACUGAUAAAGAGGAUUGAGGACUUUGUUUCGGGUUUAUUGCUUCCAUUAUACUUCGCUUCGAGCGGGUUAAAGACGGACGUGGCUAAAAUCCGGGGAGUCGAGGCAUGGGGACUUCUAGUCCUGGUGAUCUCGACAGCAUCUGCUGGUAAAAUUCUUGGGACGUUCAUGGUGGCGAUGCUAUGUACGAUCCCGGUGAGGGAAUCGCUUGCUCUCGGAGUCUUGAUGAAUACUAAAGGGUUGGUGGAGCUAAUCGUGCUCAAUAUCGGCAAGGACAAAAAGGUUUUAAAUGACGAAGUAUUUGCCAUUCUAGUCUUAAUGGCGCUUUUCACUACCUUCAUGACGACACCGGCAGUCAUGGCCAUCUACAGACAACCACACGGUGGACCGACCCGACGCAGAUUGCAAAGGCAGACCUUACCUCUCCCUGAAACUGGGAACGACGACAAACUUCGAGUGUUAGCUUGCAUACAUGGCGCUAAAAACGUACGCUCACUUGUUAAACUCAUCGACCUCACGAGAAAGGCUAAGACAAACUUAUCGCUCAAGCUCUACGUCUUGCACCUCAUAGAGUUUACGAACCGUUCAUCCUCUAUCAUGAUGGUUCAGAGAGCGCGAAAGAACGGUGUCCCUUUCAUCAAUAGUAUCUAUCGAGGUACGAUGCACGACCAAGUGGCGACAGCGUUCCAGGCUUACAGCCAAGUCGGGCAGAUCACCGUUCGUCACUCCACGGCCAUCUCGGGUCUUUCAAAUAUGCAUGAAGACAUAUAUCACGUAGCUGAAGAGAAGAGAGUUUCCGUUAUCAUGUUACCGUUCCACAAGCUGUGGAUAUCGGGGGAAAACGAGGAGGCCGCGACCGUCGAGAAUGCGGGCCACGGGUGGAGAGAGGUCAACCGGAGAGUGCUAGAGAGUGCCCCGUGCACCGUGGCGAUUCUAAUUGAUCGAGGGCUCGGUAGUGGCUCAUAUCGUCUGCAGGAGGCCGAUGAAUCUACCAUUACUGUCGCGCCAAAGCGAAUCUGCAUUAUGUUCUUCGGGGGACCCGAUGAUCGGGAGGUGUUGGAAUUGGGAGGAAGGAUGUCAGAACAUGAAACCUCGACUAGGGUUUCAUUUGUAAGGUUCUUUGAGAACCCUAGAACAGAGAGCAAUGACAUUGCCCUGUGGCACUCGGCGAGUACGUGCAGAGAGCGUCGACACUUAAGCCCAACCUCACCAGUGAUCAGUCGCGAUGAAAUGGAAACAGAGCUCGAUGAGGCAGCGGUGACGGAAUUCCAGCGGCGCCAUGACUCGGUGGAUUACAUAGAGAAGCGCUCGAGCAACAUUGCGGAUGAAGUGCUAGCAAUAGGAAGGAGCGGGGAAUAUGACCUGAUUUUGGUAGGUAAGGGUCGGUUCCCAUCCAACAUACAAAGAAGAUUAGCGGAUCAUCAUCAUCACCACGAGAUGGAACAUGAAGAACUGGGGCCAGUGGGAGACAUUUUGGCUCGAUUCGACGAGGGCAUCGUGUCCUCCGUGCUUGUGGUUCAACAACACGGCUCUGCUUCUGCUGAGCUCUCCGAGGCUCUAGCUAUACGCGACAAGGAAGCUAUGAUCGUCGAUGCUUCUAUCGUGAAUGAGGAGAUCUCGGCUUAAGUGCUUUCCUAUAUAUAUAUAUAUAUAUAUAUAUAUAUAUAUUAGCCCCGAGGGUCGCGACUUUCUAAAUUGCGUAUAUUACUCCAUACAUAUGUGUAUAUAUAUAUAUAGUAAGAGCACUAGCUAGCCAUGCAGUACGCACUUGUCGUGGGACUAGGGCUUGGGUAAGUGUUGAUGCAUAUGUAAACAUAUAUGUAAUGUCGGGCAUUUCUUUUCAUUCCGUGGUCUCACGGAUUUUAUAUGGAGAGUAUUAAGAAUUUCGUUUAGACGCCAGCUUCGCCCGGGCAUGUCUUUAAACUACUCCACUGUGUUUGUCAAUGUUAAUAACGGGGUUUGGCUGCUCUGUUUAAUCAGCAUGCUAAAUUUAAAA